CAUCGCGUCGCGAUGACUGAAAUUUUUUCAGCUGUCUCCCUACUGGUAUCGCAAUCGUUAUCGUCGCGGAUUCAUUCUCGAGUUUGUAUUACCGAAUCGAGCAGAAACUAGGCGUUCUCGACGUAAUCUCGAAGAUUUUCUCAAUUAGUGAUAAACUGUGAAAUCAGUGCUGCACAUCGUUCUGCACCUUGGAAUUUACGAUUCUCAAACACUGUAUAGUGUGUUCACUUACCGAUUCGUGAAGUGCAUUCAGAUUCAGCAGUGGCUAAAUUCUCCAGAGCUUCUUCACCUGCAUCGUCUGUCUAUGCAGUAACCACCGCUAGUGAGACAGUUCAGUUUUAGAGUGGUAAAAUGAGUGAACCGACGACAAGUGAAGCGGUCGCAAGUUCGAGCAAAUCUAGUCUUUCUAAUGGAAAUCUUCACGGUAGCAGUAGCAAGCUGCAGAAUGGGACAGGAAGGCAACGUAACUAUCUGGAGCACUUCAAAAACCUGCUUGGAUCGGACAUGAACCAACUGACCGACAUGACCAAACGGUACGGACCGGCCUAUCCCUAUCCGAAGGAUACUCAAGUGACGCCCAGUGAACUUAAGAAGCUAGUGAUGAGCAGUGAACGGAUACAAAUGAUGAUUCGAAGGGAAACGGAGGGUGAUGCUAAAAAGACCGAAGAGCUCGUCACAACCAUCCGAACGAUUCUCGACGAGAUUGGACUGGACGAGAGUUUACCCAUCAUCCGAACGUUGGGCACGAUUCUAAACUUCAUUUUUGGACGAAUACUCAGCGGGUUGUACGUGAAUGAAACCAAACUGAAUGAGCUCAAAUCGAAGUUCGGCGGACAAACGGUACUAUACCUGCCCAGCCACCGGAGCUACGGUGACUUCAUUCUCAUGUCGUACGUGUCAUUCUGUUACAACAUCGCCAUUCCGGGAAUUGCGGCCGGCAUGGAUUUCCACUCGAUGGCCUUCAUGGGGAGCAUUCUGCGCAACACCGGCGCGUUCUAUAUGCGCCGAAGUUUCGGUAACGAUCAAAUCUACUGGACAAUCUUCAAGGAGUACAUGCGACAACUAGUCAAAGCUUACGAUCGUGGAGUUGAGUUCUUCAUCGAAGGCACCCGCAGCCGGAGUAACAAGGCACUGUCUCCGAAAAUUGGACUACUCUCGAUGGCCUUGGAGCCGCUAUUUAUGGGUGAAAUUCCGGACCUGCUGGUAGUUCCGGUUAGCGUAUCCUACGACAGACCCCUGGAGGAGCAUUUGUUCGUUUACGAGCUAUUGGGAGUUCCAAAACCGAAAGAAUCCACCAAAGGGCUGCUGAAAGCGAUGAGCAUUCUAAAGGAAAACUAUGGCUCCAUAUAUUUCGAAUUCGGAGAACCAAUCUCAGUCAAGGAAUAUUUUGGAAAGGACCUCAACCGAGCACAGCAUGCAAUGACUCCCAGUCACGUUCAAACACUCACGAAAGCUGAACUGGGAAUGAUCCAAAAUCUCGCAUUUGAUGUGGUCCACCUUCAACAGGAGAAAAUCGUGUUGACCACAUUCCAUUUAAUCUCGAUUUAUUACAAUUACCAAAAGUAUCUUGGCAAAUCGACGACGCUGCCAGAGCUAAUAGAAGGUCUCAGCUACAUACUGGACGUAUUUAAAGAUCUUGGAGCUGUUACAACAAUCCAAAAAACGGGUUGGCCAGAAACGGAUUAUUUGCUGAUUGAAGCAAGCAUUACCGAAGCACUGUCGGUUCAUCGAAAUAUUUUGCAAUUGACCUCUGACCAGGUACUGGUGAUUGCCACGUCGCAUCACGAUUUUAACCAGGUGGACAAGCGGAAAUUGAAGGGACAUAAUCUGACCGAUCUGGUCAUGAAACUAUCGGUGCCAAUCUUCACACUGCAGCUGUACAGUAAUCCUUGUCUGCAUUGGCUGGCUCAGCCGGCGCUGGUUCUGCUGGCGGCUAGAAGUAUCAGCCGAAGUGAAGAAAAUGCGGAGAAUAUUCGGCUGGAACAGCUAAGGACCGCUGUCGUAGAAUUAAGGAAUGUUUUUGCCGGUGAGUUUGUGCUUCAUGCUCGGCGGGAGGAACGUGAUUUCGAGCAGGCUGUGAGACAUCUACUUCACUUUGGUCUAUUCAAACGGGGGAAAACCGACGAAACGGUUCUUCUAGCGAAGAACUCCGAUGCUGAGAACGUAUACCUAAGCUCCAUCGGUCCAUUCCUUUGCUGCUAUCUACAAGUUACCACAGUGCUUUUGGAGCAGAACCCCGACAGUCACUUCAAAGAGAAGGACUACCUUGCUCGGGUACAAGAACACAUCGAACAAUUGCUGUUGCGGAAGGAGAAAAACGUCCAUCCGUAUUGUCUUUCGCUGGACAGCAUCAAUUUAGCACUGCACUCUCUAGUCGCCCUUGGGGCAAUCAAAAAAGCAAAAGAUAAUGAAAUUACAAUAUUUACUGUCGACCCUGUUCAUGUCCGGUCGCUGAACGGAACCCUGCAACAGUACUGUGAUCUGCUGUCGUUCGAGUACCUUACCUUCCAGGGAGCCGUACUGAACGAGUCGAAGUUGUAGAAUCCGUUUUCGAUGCCAGUUGCCGGUCGCAUCUUGUCAGUGCUGAAAAACGUCUUCCAGUUGGUUCGGCUGAUAUUGAACCUAGUGGUAAGGGUGUUGCACUGUAUAGCACGUUUGGUGCGUUACGCCGGCAGAUUGGCAUCGGAACGGGUCGGUGCGAUCCGUUGGAACUAGUUUAGCUUUAGAUCUUAUCCCCUACGGGAAGCUGUGCGCAUGCUGGUUGAAGGUUUUUCGAGAAUUAGCAUAAGGUUGUGGAUCUGGCAGUGGCAGGUACUCUAUUACUAUUAACGAAAACUCAUACUCGGAAGCAGAGACCCUUGGUAUAAGCUUCAAGAGCAUUCCUCAGAGCUAUCCGAAAAAUAUUUUCGGAGCACUCGACGAAAGCAAGUUUGAGGAGUAUGCCUCAGUAUAACAGCAUAUUUGUGUGUGUAUGUAACGUAUACUACUCCAAUUGGUUUAGUGUUUACAAUUUAAUGGGUUUAGUGCAGUUUAGUUUCUAAAAUUUCUGAUAGGAUAUUGCCACGUAGUAAAUACCAUAAUAGAUGAUUUGCACAUUUUUGCUCA